UUUUUUGUUAGCUGUGGACGGAAUUCGCUUGCUCCCAGUCAACUUAAACAGUUAUAUUUAGUUAAAAUUUACAACCGUGAAGUUCGGCUAAGAAAAAAUAGCUAAGCUAAAAUGCUGAUGUGCCAUGUGAAUUGCAUUGAAUGUCUCUGCGACUUGUGAUUGCUUAAGCGAAAGGAUCAAAGGGAAAGACUAUUAAAACGUAUCCGAAAAACAGAAGAAGAAGAAGUAGCAGAGUAAACGAGUAGAGCAGAGCAGAGCAGCAAGAGGGAGGAAUAUGGCACUGCCAAAAAAGAUCAAAUGUUUUAAGUAUUUAGUUUACAGUUAUGUGUUCCUCUUGGCGCUAACCGGAGCAGCUCAAAUAUUUUUGGGAACAUCUCUAUUAUGGGGACACUCGGUCUACUACGGCAUUGUACAGAACAAAUUGUGGGCACCAGCCGCAAUCCUUCUAUGCCUCGGACCAGUUACAUUCAUCCUCUGCUGGAUGGGCUGCCAGGCAACCAAUCAGAGGAAGCGUUGUCUGCUAGGCAUGUUUGCAGCUCUUUUAGUGGCUUGUAUAUGUGUUCAAUUCAUAAUCUGCGGUUGGUCCUUGGCAAUGCGUGAGAAUCUUCCGACUUCUGUAGAGAUAUUCAUAGAUGAUUCGUUUGUAGAGUUUUUAGACAAGUUUUCACGGACUAAAGUUGACAACCUACACUUGUGGAAUCGCAUGCAAUCUCAGCUGCAAUGCUGCGGUGUCGAUGGCCCGCUCGACUAUCGACGUCUGUCCCUCCCAUGGUCCUGCUGCUCCCGUCCUGAACACGCUUACGAAUCGGCAUGUGAUACCCACUACAAGCGCGGCUGCCUGGCCGUUGUCUCGGAGCAAAUCAAGAGUCGUCUGCUGAUAACCGCAUUUGGCGCUGCAAUUAUAGCCAUACUUCAGAGCUUGGGCAUCUUUUGCGCCGUGCAUCUGACUAUAUUGUUUGGCAAGAACGACAACACCCAUCCCAUGAAUAUGAAUCGAAAAAAGAAGCAACAACAGUUCUUACCAUUGACCAUACAGGACAAGCGGCACGAUCUACCAUCCCCGAUCAACUUGUCGCCCUCGGCUCCCGGGCAGCGGGUUUUAAAAACAGCUCUGCCUCCGGCCAUGCACAAAUGACAGACGAUUAGCUUUUAAUGACUACAAACAAAAUUUAUGAAAACUCAAAAAGUUAUAAAAAUGUUGUAACCUGAGAUGGAAUGAAUAUAACUGUGACCCUCAAUGUUACGUUAUGGUAAUUUUAAAAAUUUUACCGUUCGACAAAAAACCAAAAACUAAAACAAAAAACCAAAAAGAAACAACA